UCUAAUCUGUCCCUUACAAUGUCUGGUCUUCCUCCAAUCGUGGGCCGCGUGGCACGGUUUUCACCACGUCGGUUUGCGAGAUGUCUCGAGAUCGUUCGUGGAUCCAUCCAGUCUAUGGUCCCACCGCCUUUUCUCUUGUAUAAAUAAGGAGUCUCCCAUCGCCCAACAGAAGACGAGCUCUCGUCCAUGGCAAAGAGAAAGAUGCAGAAAGAAUGGUGUGCGUACAGAGCAUGGGACGGUCGCAGCCGGGUACCCAAGGUGCCGGCGCUACUGGCUGACAAAGCCGCGCUAUGCUGCACAUGAGGAGGAUUGGAGGAACACCCAAUCAAUCGGAGGGCGGGUGGGCUGAGCAGCCGGACGGCGCUGCCAUGGGGGCAAGCGGUGAGCACGUGACAUGUAUCUGCCACUGCUGGCGAACGCUCCCGGCGCUGGAGACGGCCGUUCUUUUCCGCAGAGCUCUCACAAAUCAGUCAACCUACGAAGUGGCCAGAUGGAAGGGGCUAUUCUACUUGAGCUUACCUUGACAGGGGAGAAAAGCAUGACGGCCGUCUUUGUCAGGCUCACUGUGCAGAAGCUCUUGAUGAAGCACAAAACGUCCCAUGUCGAACCGCGGGCCGACAUGGUGUGAGAUUUGCAGUUAGCUGAAAAAUGGGGAUUAGACACAUGGAGAUGUAGCACUUGGGUGAGUAGGUACCUGCACGGCUUGUGAAUGGUCUGAAAUCUGAACCGUGAACCUCUCAUGGGGACUUGCCGCGCCUAGCUAGCUCUGACCGCCGCCACUCCCCAAUGGUGAGCAUGUCGGAGAUCCCGCCACCACCACGCCCUACCUUGCCGCUUCCUCUUCUCCUCCGGCUUUGGCGGCCUCACUUGCAAGCGAGGAGCACUCGAUUGCUUCUUCUCCUCUGCCUCACGCGGCCUCGCUUCCUCCUAUUCUUCUGAGCUCAUGACAUUGUCUGCCGGCUUCUCCCUCUCUAAGCCACCCUCUACCUCGAGACAACCACGUACCUCGCCGAGGCGUGCUGCGCAGGUGAGGACCACUCAAUUCCUACUCCGGGCUGAGAGGAGACGCAGGAGCCACGGCGAGGGGCGGCGUUGAGCCGGCAAUGCAAGGAACAAAUGAGCUAGGGAGAACGGGGAAUGGUGGAGGUGGGGAAUAGGCAGGGAGAUUCGAGAAGCUACACAGAUUCGGGAAUAGUGGAUCUAGCUCGGUGCAGUCCAAGUGCAGCUAGCUAGCUAGGCACACACCAUGAGAAGAUGUGCGGUCAGGACUGUGCCGCGUGCGGGAGGGUCUGACCGAACGUCAGCGCAAUAGCGUCAGUUUUUUUUUAUUUUGCAAUAUAUAGAGCAUGCGGAAAAAAGGUAAGAUAAUCUAGAGCACAAAAGAACGAGAACAAUCGUAUGGAAUAUUGAUGGUUACAUUUAUUCUCAUGUAAGUUAGCUUUGAGAAAAUUUGACAUAUUGUAGCAGUCGAGGUUUGUGAAGUCUUAACCACUGCCCAAGAUAUUUGUUUUA